CACCGUUUUUCUGAAUUUAAACAAAACAUUAUAAUUUUAACUUUUAAGAGAGCAGUAUCUUAUCGGGAAUAUUUGGGGUAAUCUAUUUUAAUAAUUGAUAAUAGAAAGUGCUUUUUCGACGUUUCUUAUUGUGUAUUGGUGAAGGUACAGUAGUUAUAACGGUCCAUGAAAUUUCAGGCUCUUCUGCUGGGUUACGUUGAUGUAUCAUAACCGAAUGGUUUAUUCACAAACUUAUUCAUUGUUUUGGAAAAAGUUAAGUGUUACGGUUUACCGUACCAUAUUAUUGAAAGAAGGUCAAGGAAUCAUAAAACCCAAAUCGAAAAUUCGAAACGAUUGCAGAGAUGCCGGGUGCAUUGUCGCGCGGAUGCACCGUGCGGCGUGCACAGCAGCCGUUUCCGGUUGCCGUCAGUCCAAUGAAUCCAUUUCAUUCAUAUUGGGAAAUCGAUUAUUUCUGUGCUCAUGGGCCACGCUAAACAUCCGGGACGCGUCAGCUUGGUCGUGUGUUUAUCAGGCAUUUGGUUUUUUCGUUGAUUCCCCGGAUCCGUUAAUUCUCCUUCCAUAAUGGCCACUCCGACCUACGUCCGUGAUCUCAAAGACAUGCCCGGGAACGCGCACAAUCCCUUUUUAAUCCCGGGCGCCAAGGAGGCCCCGCGCGACAUCUUCCUCUUCGUCCCGAAUCUCAUCGGGUAUUUCCGCGUGAUAGCCGCCCUCAUCAGCUUCUACUACAUGCCCUUCAGUCCGUACCUGGCCUUUUGGUGGUACAUGGCCAGCGCCCUGGCCGACGCUCUCGACGGCUACGCGGCGCGCUACCUGAAGCAGACCAGUCGGGUGGGCGCUCUCCUGGACAUGCUGACGGAUCGCUGCGCCACCAACUGUCUGAUUAUGGUGCUGGGCCAUUUCUAUCCCAAGUGGAUGGUGCUGUUCCAGAGUAUUGUGGCGCUGGAUAUCACCAGUCACUGGAUCCACAUGUACAGCGCCAUGCUGAAGGGGACCGUCUCGCACAAGAUUAUUGAUCUCGCGGCGCACCCGCUCUUGAGGAUCUAUUACAGCUCUCGCACGGUGUUAUUUUGGAUGUGUGCUGGAAACGAAGUAUUCUACGCCGCGUUGUACAUGCUGCACUUCACCAGUGGCCCGGGAAUAUUCUUUGGAUGGGGUCCGGGAUUAUUUACCACCCUAGCCAUUUUGUGCACUCCGGUGGCAGUUGUCAAAGCCGGUAUCAGUGUCAUCCAGCUGAUUGCAGCCAUGCGCAACGUGGCCUCCUUCGAUGUGGAGGAGCGCGCCGAAGUGGCGCGAACGGAUCGGGAGAAGAGCAAACCGUGAAUGUUCGUCAUGCGGCGUUAUAUGGUCGUUUUAUCUCAUAUUUACAAAGAUAUUGUUGCUCCAUUGAAAGGAUUCCUACAUUUCAGAAUGUUUAUGACUGCCAAGAGGUUUUAUUUUGUUUGACGGACGGCGUCGUUCCAUUGUGGCGUGAAAAGUAUUGUGCUAUCAAGCCCGGUGGCAGAUAUUGCUAGUCUAUCACACUGCUACAUAUCAAACUCCUACGAAUCUUGACUAGUCUAAUGGGUAAUUUGUGAUGUAAUUUUAUUAUGUUGUUAUUAAGCUUUAUGAUUCCGAUUUAUUACUAAAAGCUUCGCUGUUCAAACUGUACUUGGUCCAUUUUGAAGUUUGAAAAGAGGAAGAUAGGUACUGGCAUUAGUCAUCAGCUAUUAAAGCUACCAAAGUUAUCA